UCAGGCGGCUGCGGCUGCCCACGCGGCUCACCAUGGGCGCGGGGCUCCGGGCGCUGUCCGCGGUGCCGGCCGUGCUGCUGGCCCUCACGCUGCAGGGGCUGCCCGUCUGGGCGCAGAACGAUACGGAGCCCAUCGUGCUGGAGGGCAAGUGUCUGGUGGUGUGCGACUCGAACCCGGCCACGGACUCCAAGGGCUCGUCUUCCUCCCCUUUGGGGAUCUCGGUCCGGGCGGCCAACUCCAAGGUCGCCUUCUCGGCCGUGCGGAGCACCAACCACGAGCCUUCCGAGAUGAGCAACAAGACGCGCAUCAUUUACUUUGAUCAGAUCCUAGUAAAUGUGGGAAACUUUUUCACAUUGGAGUCUGUCUUUGUAGCACCAAGAAAAGGAAUUUACAGUUUCAGUUUUCAUGUAAUUAAAGUCUACCAGAGUCAAACAAUCCAGGUUAACCUGAUGCUAAAUGGAAAACCGGUAAUAUCUGCCUUUGCUGGGGACAAAGACGUUACUCGUGAAGCUGCCACUAAUGGAGUCCUGCUCUACCUAGAUAAGGAGGAUAAGGUUUACCUAAAACUGGAGAAAGGUAAUUUGGUUGGAGGCUGGCAGUAUUCCACAUUUUCUGGCUUUCUGGUGUUCCCCCUAUAGAAUCUGCUUUCUCCGUGAUGUUUAUCCAGGUGAGGGGCUGCCCACCCCUGCGUUAUUUGAAGAUCAUUUUUUCAUCAUUGGAUUGAUGUUUUUUAUUGACUUCUCAUGGGUGAAUAUGGAGUCUCUUUAAGGAUUCUAGGCCUGUCCAAACCAAUACAAAGUUUCACAGAUUAUUUUUAUGUGUGUGUGUUUCAGUAUAUUUGGAUUGGGACUCAAAGCAGACAAGACCUAUCUAUGCUUAAAUGUAACAGUUAAAAGCUGUCUGCAAGGUUUAUCGUGAAUUUAGUUUCCUGAAAUUAAUGAAUUCGUUGCAGAUGUGGAAUUUUAUUUCUUUAUUUUUUAAAGACUGGUAUCUGGGUCUAAGAAUUAGAAAACUCUAAGUUCCGACUUCAAGCAACGAUUUGUGUAUUACUGCCAAAGAACUGUAUACUGUGUUGAAAUAUUGAUUACAUGUGUUUUUAUUCUUUUGGAUUUAGUUUAUUUUGUUUUCCUAAGGUAACUGGGAACUGUUUUUAGUGACUGGCUUGUGUCUUCUCUACAAACAGGGGAAUGAAUGAUUUGCCCUUGACUCUGAGAUCAGAAACAUGACUUCCCUAAAAAAUAAAAUUAAAAAAAGAAUGCUUCAUAGUUGUAUUUUAAUUGUAUAUGUGAAAGAGUCAUAUUUUCCAAGUUAUAUUUUCUAAUAGGAAGAAUAGAUCAUAAUUCUGAUGAGGAAAAAAUUGCUUACCCAAGCUCUAAGUGCUCAAUCCCCAACUCUCAGCAGACAGCUCUCCUCCGCAGGAAAUCUUCUACUUUAUUGCUCAACUUUAAUUAACAUGAUUGAUAAUAACUGCUUUAUUAAAAACCUAAGGGAUUUUUUUCCUUAGACAUGACCACUUUAUUAACUGGAGAUGGGAUGCUCCCAUUUUUAAUUAUACCUAUUUUUCAAACCUUCUGUUGUGUUUGAAGUAUCAUCUGGUUUUGCCUUAACUCCUUAAAUUGUAUAUAUUUAUCUGUUUAACUAAUAUUAAAUCCAAAUAUCCCGUAUUUAA